AUGAGAAAUCAUAUCUACUUCAAAGAUGGUAUUUUAUAGCCUCCUUUGGACAUACCAUUUGAUGAUCACUAUGUUAGCACAGUAAGCAACAAUGGUGAUAAGAUAUUCAAGAAUGCAUAAAAGCAGAAUAAAGAUAUCUAUUAGGAAAUUAGAAUGCUUCGAACCUCUGCUCAUACAGGAGCAGUUGGAAGUAACACUAAAAAUAAGGUACUAACUGAAGUGCAGACUCAUGUGUAACGGUAAUUUCAAAUAGACCAGAUUAUGAGAGCAAGGCACGAUGGUAAGUCAUAAAAAGUCUAUUUCGGUGUCAGUUUGGAUAGAAAUUCUGGACCUAGUGGUCCAGGGGCUGGGGAAAGCAAACAUCUUCUAUCUCAGUAGUAAAUUAGCCAUGUGAUAUACAAAGACAAAAAUAAUCACAAACGCAGAGAUAGCAAUACGAGCAGUGAGGAGGAUGAAGAGGAUUAUUCAAUCAUAGAAGAUUCUAAAGCUAAUACUAAUCGCAUUAAGGAAGAUCAACUCAAUUAGACUUCUCUAUUUAAUCCAAAUCAUCCACUUAUAAAAACUUAAUUGUUAAUGACACUGCAUCCAAUGAGUGGGGGGUCAUCUAAGAAGUUCACAAAUCACGAUUUAUCGAAUCAUAACAUUGGAAUAAAAAGGAUACUUAAGACUAUUAGUCCGAGUCGCAUGAAUGGUAUCAACUUAUAUGAAGGAUCUGAUAGAUCACCUAAUGAUUUCACUGAUGCAGUUUUGCCUGCUGAUGUGUAAGUCAUUCGAUAUAAACAGUAUGGAAGAAAACUUUCCUUGAUACAACAACCAUCAGUGUUCGAGCAUUUAACUAAGCUGCACAAUUCGAAGAACCCGAGCCCUAAAAACAGACAAGAAAUCUAAAAUUAGAUGACUUAGUUCAGGUAGAGAAGGAAAACUCAAGCAUUGAUUAACUUUUAAAAUCUUCAAAGAAAUGAAGAAGAUAAGUCUAAUGUGCAACCAAGUGUCAGAGACAUCGUUACAGGGAACAAUCAAAAUCAUCUCAGCAAUUUAAAGAAAAUAACUGCUUCUCAAGUUAGAGACUCUGAGAUUUACAAAGACCUCUAGCAAUAAAAACUGAUAUUUUUAGCGUCGAGGCAGGUCAUAAGUAGUCAGCUUUAAAAGGAUCUAAAGCAGUUCGAGAAGAACCCACAUACGAAGGCUAUCAAAAAUAAAUUCCUUAGAAGUUUCAAUGAGCAAAUUUCGAAUUAGUACCAUCAAUCAAGAAACAAAUCUGUAUUAAAGGCAAAAACAUCAGAGUAGUCAGUUGCAAAUAUCAAAUAGAGUGGCCAGGAGUUCAUUUAAUCCUAUGACUAUAUGCGUGAGCUUGACUAAGAUUAGUUUCACUACAAUAGAGUGCUGAAAGAUCAGUCGCAGGAAGAGAUUCAGCGCAUUGACUAAGUGGCAGACAUGCUUAUCCAGGAGUAAAAAGAACUUUAGUUAAAUGAGUUUAACUUGAGGCGCCGAUCUAGACUCUCAUACUUUGACUAAGUACAGCUCAAUCAGAGUAUGAUACCACAUUAGCAUUCAACUUCGCUAUCGCUGAAGAAAAAUUAUUCGUAAGCAUCUAAUCUCUAAUCAAUAAAUGAAUCUCCUGGAAAGUAACUUUACUUUAACAAGGAGCCAUCUUCUCUCCCUGAGUAUAGAUAGAUACCCUCAGAUUCAACGAACCACUCCAAAUCGAAGCAGAUACUGUCAAAGCUGAUAUAGCAGACUAGAGAAGUUUAAUUUAAGCCUUUUAAUGAGAUGAAAUCUGAUAACAAGCUGGUAAGCCGAAAUUCCAAUAUCGACAUUGCUAUCAGUAAUACCUAUAAUAGUGUUAAUGACAUUAGAAAUUAAACAGCAAAAAACAUCAUCAAGUCUCCUUAGCUUUUGGAUAAAAUGCCUAAUAUAUCUCAUAAUAAAGGGGAUUCUAAUUACCUGAAGAAAUUUGAUCCCUCCAGUAAUGUACAAAAGAGAGCUAAGAUUUAUGAUUAACUAAAGCAUAAGUAGCUUUAGAAGGUGGCAUCAGAGGGGAAUUUCAUGGUGUCAAACCAAGAGAUUAUUAACAAGAUUGAUAGGAUGAGGCAUAUCCAGCCUGAGAUUAAUAAGAAAAAGAGCAUGGCUGAGAUGAAAAGAGCGGUAAAGAUUAUCAAAGCAACGAUUGAGGAUAGGGAGAGUGACGAGGAGUUGCAGAAAUACAAGGAAGCCAAAAUGUAGAUUAAGAGAGAUUUAAUGUUUAGUCAUAUUAACUAGAAGCAGGGAUAAGGCUAAAAAUGA